AUGCGUACCUCCAGUUCCAACGAUGGGCGUUCCACGGAUAGCAAUCGAUAUGGUUCGCCGCCGGCUGGUUCCGGUACCAUGAGCCCCGCUGAUUAUCCCCCGGCUUUGCGACCCCGCGAUGGACAGCCUCGAAUCGCUACAUUGGCAGAGAGGCGAGGCACUGCUCCGAAGCCACUGCCAGAGUCACCUGGCAUUGAUGCGCCUGACCGGGAAACUCUGGCGGCAAGGCCGUAUCCUCGUCCGCCAGCAGCAUCCGCACCUAUAGAGCCAAAUCAACAAUAUGAUUAUCGUCAACAAUACUAUCCGCCUCCACAGAAUUCGGGAUCCCGGCCUCCUUCAACUCUGCAACCCGCACAGAAUAGCUCAAUUAAUCGUAUCAGCUCCACUGCAUCCAAUGCUACAACUCGGGCUCAGCGUGGAUCUCCUCCGCCGCCGGAAACACCCAUCAUAGGCCCUGGUCAACAGCCCGGUUCGGAUAUUGAGGCUCGUUAUGCAGCAGCAGGUAUCGCAGGCACAGGAACGCUUGCCCGCAUGCAGUCGCAAAGUUCCGCCGCUCAAAUUCGUGCUGGGCACAAGAGUCGCAGCGGCCAUGGACCCCCCACUGAGCAACCGGGGACCCAGCCACAUGGGCCGCCCACUGUUUACCAGGGUGCAGAUGUUGUGAGUGGCGAGCAGCCGGCUGCUCAGCAUCCAACACAGUAUAGUAGCCCUCCGCCACAAAGCCAGCAGGCUCCAGCAGUCCUGGUGCAGCAGCCGCCUUCAAGGGUCUCUGCCAACGCGUUAGAGCAGGACAUGGAUCGAAUGCGCCUCAGCUCUUCUCCGCCACCUGCUUACUCGAGUGUCUCUGGACCCGGCGCAUCAAAUGGGUAUCCAAAUGAAAAGCAAAGUGGCGCCGCUGCGGGAGCUGCAGCUGUUGGACCCCACCCAGCAACAGUAAACCAGCCGCACCCUGCAACGGCUGUCGCUGCUGUAGCUUCUGCUGGUACUUCUGCGUCUCCGGCACCAUCGGCCUCGACACUUGAUCACCCGGCCUUUGCAAAUGACCCGCGGCAGCAACAGAUGGGUCAAUCGCCGCAGAAUUCUGUGGCUAAUGACCAGCCUGUCUAUCAGCAGGCUGCGCAAGUGCUUUCCCCAGGACCCUCUGGGCCGCCUCCAGCUUCUCCUCCGCCUCUUCCAGAGGGUUGGAUUGCGCAUAUGGACCCAAGCUCGGGACAGUAUUACUACAUUCACCUUCCAACCCAGUCAACCCAGUGGGAAUUCCCCGAGGGCCCUACGCCACUGAACCUCAACGACACCCCUAUGUCGCCGGUAGGAAGUGUUUACAGCAGCCAUCCUCUGGCAUCACCGGGCCUAUCAGCAUUUGGCAAGCCGAUGGCAUCUCCAGGUGUACCGCUUACCCCGGGGUUUGAGAGCCUUCAGUCUCCCAUGACUGCAGGUUUCUCGGGACCGCCUCCGAGUAGCGGCAUGGAUCUAUACAAGACAGCCCCCACAAACGGUGUGUACUUUGGUCCCUAUCUGCGGUACACCAACAUGGACCUUGAGCGCGGACUCUGGUUGGGUUCCAUUCUUUUGGUGACCGAUUCCGCUCAGCCGCCUACUAUUCACAUCCACCAGAGUGUUGAUCUGUCUCCCAAUCCAAGACAGUUGAAGGGCGUUAAUAUAGCAGCUCAUCAACGAUGGACCUUCUACAAGUACGAAGUGGAUCUGCAAAUGGAUGAUCACGGCCCUGCCAAGUGGACAUAUGCCAUUACUUCACAUCUUGGAUGCACGCGCUACGAGUUCUUGGUCGCCGGCCGGCACGAGACCAACUGGCGGUUCAUUGCAGUCUCAGGGAAUGAUUUCUCGCUAAAUGUUAAUGCCAAUGAGCGGUCCCGCGUGGGUGGCGUAGGCUUCAUGUGGAAAGACAUCAUGCAAAAGCAUAAUGAGAUCGGAGGGUUCCAUGCCCAGUUAUGUCUGGGAGGACAGAUCUACGCGGACCGUAUGUGGAAGGAAAUUCCCUCUUUGAAACAGUGGCUCUGUAUCAGUGGCAAGGAAGCUCGGAAGAAUGCACCCUGGACAGCCGCGAACCAGCAGGACGUUUCCCAUGCCUAUUUCCACUACUAUACUAGUCACUUUGACCAGCCGCACUUGAGAGAAUCUUUUGCGCAGAUUCCCUAUAUCUGUCAGAUCGACGACCAUGAUAUUUUCGAUGGAUUUGGUUCCUAUCCCGAGCACAUGCAGUUCUCGAACAUGUUCAAGAACAUUGGACGUAUCGGCAUUGAGAUGUAUCUCCUCUUCCAGCACCAUACCACUCUUGACAUUCUCCGAAACGUCAACAACGAUACAGACCUUUUCACAAUCACUGUGGUUGUCGGCCCAGAUUGCCGCUCCGAGCGCAAUCCCCAUCAAGUCAUGGCCGGUCCCACAUACCAGGGUCUCUUCCCGAAGGUUGCAAUGCUGCCUCCGAGCGUACAACAUUGUCUGUGGAUGGUCUCGGUGCCACUGAUCUAUCCUCGUCUGGAAACAGCAGAACAUAUUGCUCAGACCGUUGCCACUGGCAAGCGCGCUGUGACGGGUGCCUACAAUGUUUUGGGCAAGGUGACCAGCUCAGUUGCCGGCGUGGUGGGAGCUAAAGAGUUCGUCGGUUCUGGCUUUGAUUCUGUCAAGCGCGCAGUUGGCAAGUCUGGACUUAUGGGGGGGCAUCUUGAGUCCCUUUGGUGA